AGGUAGAGGGAGGUGUAGGAUGAGGUCUGGAGACCGCCGUUGGGGUUUUUAAGGCUUCAGCUUCCCCAGCAUCUUGGCAUUUUGAAUGUCUUCCUGCUUCGGGUCCAAGGUUUCUCUCCACUGAUUGAAAUGCUGCUGGAAGCCUGAUUAAAGGUGCCUAAAGAUAACACCUUCUACCAGGAAGCCCUGCGCGCUUGAGAGGAUCUUUUUCAAUGCAUUAUGGCUCAUGCAGCCUCACAAUUAAAGAAAAACAGGGAUUUAGAAAUCAAUGCUGAAGAAGAGACUGAGAAAAAAAGGAAACACCGCAAACGGUCCCGGGAUCGGAAGAAGAAGUCGGAUGCCAAUGCAAGUUACUUAAGAGCAGCUCGAGCCGGACACUUAGAAAAGGCCCUUGACUACAUAAAAAAUGGAGUCGACAUCAACAUUUGCAAUCAGAAUGGGUUGAAUGCUCUCCAUCUUGCUUCCAAAGAAGGCCAUGUAGAAGUUGUUUCCGAGCUGCUACAGAGAGAAGCCAACGUGGAUGCAGCUACGAAGAAAGGAAACACAGCGUUGCAUAUAGCAUCUUUGGCGGGGCAAGCAGAGGUGGUAAAGGUCUUGGUUACAAAUGGAGCCAAUGUCAAUGCCCAAUCCCAGAAUGGUUUCACACCAUUGUAUAUGGCGGCCCAGGAGAACCACCUGGAAGUUGUCAAGUUUCUCCUUGACAAUGGUGCAAGCCAGAGCCUGGCCACGGAGGAUGGCUUCACACCGUUGGCAGUAGCUUUGCAACAAGGUCACGAUCAAGUAGUGUCGCUCCUGCUAGAAAACGACACGAAAGGAAAAGUGCGUCUUCCAGCUCUUCACAUCGCUGCCCGGAAGGAUGACACGAAAGCUGCCGCCCUGCUGCUGCAGAAUGACAACAAUGCGGACGUGGAGUCGAAGAGUGGCUUCACUCCGCUCCACAUAGCUGCUCACUAUGGAAAUAUCAACGUAGCCACGUUGCUGUUAAACCGAGCGGCAGCCGUGGGCUUCACUGCGCGGAAUGACAUCACGCCUUUACAUGUUGCAUCAAAACGAGGAAACGCCAAUAUGGUAAAACUAUUGCUUGAUCGAGGAGCUAAAAUUGAUGCCAAAACAAGGGAUGGGCUGACACCACUGCACUGUGGAGCGAGGAGCGGCCAUGAGCAGGUGGUGGAGAUGCUGCUUGAUCGAGCUGCCCCCAUUCUCUCAAAAACCAAGAAUGGAUUGUCUCCACUGCACAUGGCUACACAGGGGGAUCAUUUAAACUGCGUCCAACUUCUCCUCCAGCAUAACGUGCCUGUGGACGACGUCACCAAUGACUACCUGACUGCCCUGCACGUGGCUGCCCACUGUGGCCAUUACAAAGUCGCCAAGGUUCUCUUGGACAAGAAGGCUAACCCCAACGCCAAAGCCCUGAAUGGCUUUACCCCUCUCCAUAUUGCCUGCAAGAAGAAUCGAAUUAAAGUAAUGGAACUGCUUCUGAAACAUGGUGCAUCCAUCCAAGCUGUAACCGAGUCGGGCCUUACCCCAAUCCAUGUUGCUGCCUUCAUGGGGCAUGUAAAUAUCGUGUCACAACUAAUGCAUCAUGGAGCCUCACCAAAUACCACCAACGUGAGAGGAGAAACAGCGCUGCACAUGGCAGCUCGCUCCGGCCAGGCCGAAGUCGUGCGGUAUCUGGUGCAAGACGGUGCUCAGGUAGAAGCUAAAGCUAAGGAUGACCAAACCCCACUCCACAUUUCUGCCCGAUUGGGGAAAGCAGAUAUAGUACAACAGCUGUUGCAGCAAGGAGCAUCUCCAAAUGCAGCCACGACUUCUGGGUACACCCCACUCCACCUUGCAGCCCGAGAGGGUCAUGAGGACGUAGCCGCAUUCCUUUUGGAUCAUGGCGCAUCUUUAUCUAUAACAACAAAGAAAGGAUUUACUCCCCUUCAUGUGGCAGCAAAAUAUGGGAAGCUUGAAGUAGCCAGUCUCCUGCUACAGAAAAGUGCAUCUCCAGAUGCUGCUGGGAAGAGCGGGCUAACUCCACUGCAUGUAGCUGCACAUUACGAUAAUCAGAAAGUGGCCCUUCUGCUUCUGGACCAAGGAGCCUCACCCCACGCGGCUGCAAAGAAUGGUUAUACACCACUGCACAUCGCUGCCAAAAAGAACCAGAUGGACAUAGCGACAACUCUGCUGGAAUACGGUGCUGAUGCAAACGCAGUUACCCGGCAAGGAAUUGCUUCUGUCCAUCUUGCAGCUCAGGAAGGACAUGUGGACAUGGUGUCACUGCUCCUCAGCAGAAAUGCUAAUGUGAACUUGAGCAACAAGAGUGGCCUGACCCCACUCCAUUUGGCUGCUCAAGAAGAUAGAGUGAAUGUGGCCGAAGUCCUAGUAAACCAGGGGGCACACGUGGACGUCCAGACAAAGAUGGGAUACACACCGCUACAUGUGGGCUGCCACUAUGGAAACAUCAAGAUUGUUAACUUCCUGCUCCAGCAUUCUGCAAAAGUGAAUGCCAAAACAAAGAAUGGGUAUACGCCGUUACACCAAGCAGCUCAACAGGGACACACGCAUAUAAUCAAUGUCUUGCUUCAGAACAAUGCCUCCCCCAAUGAACUCACUGUGAAUGGGAACACUGCCCUGGCCAUUGCCCGGAGGCUUGGCUACAUCUCAGUGGUGGACACCCUGAAGGUGGUAACUGAAGAGACUGUGACCACGACUACUGUCAUAGAGAAGCACAAAAUGAAUGUUCCCGAAACGAUGAAUGAAGUUCUUGACAUGUCUGAUGAUGAAGUUCGUAAAGCCAACGCCCCUGAAAUGCUCAGUGAUGGCGAAUAUAUCUCAGAUGUUGAAGAAGGUGAAGAUGCAAUGACAGGCGACACGGACAAGUAUCUUGGGCCACAAGACCUUAAGGAAUUGGGCGAUGAUUCUCUGCCCGCAGAGGGCUACAUGGGCUUUAGUCUGGGGGCCCGUUCUGCCAGCCUCCGCUCCUUCAGUUCGGAUAGGUCUUACACCUUGAACAGAAGCUCCUUCGCGCGGGACAGCAUGACGAUUGAAGAACUCCUGGUGCCAUCCAAAGAGCAGCAUCUAACAUUCACAAGAGAAUUUGAUUCAGAUUCUCUUAGACAUUACAGCUGGGCUGCAGACACCUUGGACAAUGUCAAUCUUGUCUCAAGUCCUGUUCAUUCUGGGUUUCUGGUUAGCUUUAUGGUGGAUGCAAGAGGCGGCUCCAUGCGGGGAAGCCGGCACCACGGGAUGAGAAUCAUCAUUCCUCCUCGCAAGUGCACUGCCCCCACCCGUAUCACCUGCCGUUUGGUAAAGAGACAUAAACUGGCCAACCCACCCCCCAUGGUGGAAGGAGAGGGAUUAGCCAGUAGGCUGGUAGAAAUGGGUCCUGCAGGGGCACAAUUUUUAGGCCCUGUCAUAGUGGAAAUCCCUCACUUUGGGUCUAUGAGAGGAAAAGAGAGAGAACUCAUUGUUCUUCGAAGUGAAAAUGGCGAAACGUGGAAGGAGCAUCAAUUUGACAGUAAAAAUGAAGAUUUAACCGAAUUACUUAAUGGCAUGGAUGAAGAACUUGAUAGCCCAGAAGAGUUAGGGAAAAAGCGUAUCUGCAGGAUUAUCACUAAGGAUUUCCCCCAGUAUUUCGCAGUGGUUUCACGGAUUAAGCAGGAAAGCAAUCAGAUUGGUCCUGAAGGUGGAAUUCUAAGCAGCACCACUGUGCCCCUCGUCCAAGCUUCUUUCCCAGAGGGUGCUUUAACCAAAAGAAUUCGAGUGGGCCUCCAGGCCCAGCCUGUUCCAGAUGAAACUGUGAAAAAGAUCCUUGGAAACAAAGCAACAUUUAGCCCAAUUGUCACUGUGGAACCAAGAAGAAGGAAAUUCCAUAAGCCUAUCACAAUGACCAUUCCAGUGCCCCCGGCCUCCGGAGAAGGUGUCUCCAACGGGUACAAAGGAGACACCACACCCAAUCUGCGCCUUCUCUGUAGCAUUACAGGGGGCACAUCGCCUGCUCAGUGGGAAGACAUCACAGGAACUACUCCUUUGACGUUUAUAAAGGAUUGUGUCUCUUUUACAACCAAUGUUUCAGCCAGAUUUUGGCUUGCAGACUGCCAUCAAGUUUUAGAAACUGUGGGGUUAGCCACUCAACUGUACAGAGAAUUAAUAUGUGUUCCAUAUAUGGCCAAGUUUGUCGUUUUUGCCAAAAUGAAUGAUCCUGUAGAAUCCUCUCUGCGAUGUUUCUGCAUGACAGAUGAUAAAGUGGACAAAACUUUAGAGCAGCAAGAGAAUUUUGAGGAAGUUGCAAGAAGCAAAGAUAUUGAGGUUCUGGAAGGAAAACCUAUUUAUGUUGAUUGUUAUGGAAACCUGGCCGCACUUACCAAAGGAGGACAGCAACUUGUUUUUAACUUUUAUGCUUUCAAAGAAAAUAGACUGCCAUUUUCUAUCAAGAUUAGAGACACCAGCCAAGAGCCCUGUGGUCGUCUGUCUUUUCUGAAAGAACCAAAGACAACAAAAGGACUGCCUCAAACAGCUGUUUGCAACUUAAACAUCACUCUACCCGCACAUAAAAAGACCGAGAAAACGGAUAGACGACAGAGCUUUGCAUCGUUGGCUUUACGUAAGCGCUACAGCUACUUGACUGAGCCCGGAAUGAAAACAGUUGAACGGAGUGCAGGACCAACGAGAUCCCUCCCCACCACUUACUCAUACAAGCCAUUCUUUUCUGCAAGAGCAUACCAGUCCUGCACAGCAGCUCCGAUGACAGUGCCCGGGCCGGCCACAUCAGGCUUCACUUCCUUAUCAAGUUCCUCCUCUAAUACGCCAUCAGCUUCUCCAUUAAAAUCAAUAUGGUCUGUUUCGACUCCUUCUCCAAUCAAAUCCACGUUAGGCGCAUCAACUACAUCUUCGGUUAAAUCCAUUAGUGAUGUGGCAUCUCCAAUUAGAUCCUUUCGGACAAUUUCUUCGCCAAUAAAAACAGUGGUGUCACAGUCUCCAUACAAUAUCCAAGUUGCCUCUGGUACCCUGGUUAGAGCUCCCACAGUCACGGAGGCCUCGCCUUUAAAGGGGCUGGCAUCCAAUUCUACAUUUUCCUCUCGAACCUCCCCAGUGACUACAGCAGGAUCUCUUUUGGAGAGGUCGUCCAUUACCAUGACUCCCCCUGCUUCCCCCAAAUCAAACAUUAAUAUGUAUUCCUCGAGUCUGCCAUUUAAGUCAAUUAUCACAUCCACAGCACCGCUACUAUCUUCACCUUUAAUGUCAGUGGUGUCUCCAGCUAAAUCAACAGCCGAUGUCAUUUCGUCAGCUAAAGUUACGAUGGCCUCUUCUCUCUCAUCACCCGUGAAACAGAUGCCUGGACAUGCAGAGGUAGCAUUAGUCAACGGAUCCAUUUCCCCUCUGAAAUAUCCAUCAUCUUCAACUUUAAUUAACGGAUGCAAAGCCACUGCCACAUUACAGGAAAAAAUUGCUACAGCUACAAACUCUGUGAGCUCUGUGGUUAAUGGAGCCGCUGAUGCAGUCGAGAAAGCGUUCCCUACCACCACAGCAAUGCCGUUUUCCCCACUCAGGUCAUAUGUUUCUCCAGCACCAUCAGCUUUUCAGUCUCUAAGAACUCCUUCUGCAAGUGCACUGUAUACAUCCCUCGGGUCGUCAAUACCUGCAACUACCUCAUCUGUAACUUCAUCAAUAAUAACAGUGCCAGUAUACUCUGUAGUCAAUGUUUUGCCGGAACCAGCAUUAAAGAAACUUCCAGACUCUAAUUCACUUACAAAAUCAGCAGCAGCCUUGCUGUCACCCAUUAAAACAUUGACUACGGAGACACGUCCUCAGCCCCAUUUCAAUCGAACUUCAUCUCCAGUUAAGUCAUCUUUGUUCCUUGCACCAUCUGCCCUUAAGCUGUCUACGCCAUCUUCUCUGUCUUCCAGUCAGGAGAUACUAAAAGACGUGGCCGAAAUGAAGGAGGACCUAAUGCGGAUGACUGCAAUACUCCAAACGGAUGUGCCUGAGGAGAAGCCAUUCCAACCUGAACUCCCCAAAGAAGGGAGAAUCGACGAUGAAGAACCUUUCAAAAUUGUCGAGAAAGUGAAGGAAGACUUAGUGAAAGUUAGUGAAAUCCUUAAAAAGGAUGUCUGUGUGGAUAAUAAGGGACCACCCAAAUCACCAAAGAGUGACAAAGGACAUUCUCCCGAAGACGACUGGAUAGAAUUCAGUUCAGAAGAAAUAAGAGAGGCAAGACAACAGGCUACUGCGAGCCCUUCUCCAUCUCCGCCAGAGAGAGUGCAAGUCAAGGCAAAGGCUGCCUCCGACAAGGAUUAUAACUUGACCCAAGUUAUCGAUUACCUAACAAAUGAUAUCGGGAGUAGUUCACUGACAAACUUAAAGUACAAGUUUGAGGACGCCAAGAAGGAUGGUGAAGAGAGACAGAAACGAAUUUUGAAACCGGCAAUUGCCCUGCAGGAACACAAACUCAAAAUGCCUCCAGCCUCCAUGAGGUCUUCCACCUCCGAGAAAGAGUUAUGUAAGAUGGCCGAUUCCUUUUUUGGAACAGAUACUAUUUUAGAGUCUCCAGAUGACUUUUCUCAACAUGACCAAGAUAAAAGUCCCUUGUCUGACAGUGGCUUUGAAACAAGAAGUGAGAAAACACCUUCAGCCCCACAAAGCGCCGAAAGCACUGGUCCCAAACCACUUUUUCAUGAAGUCCCCAUCCCUCCGGUCAUUACAGAAACGAGAACUGAAGUGGUUCAUGUCAUCAGGAGCUAUGAGCCCUCAGCUGGAGAGGCCCCCCCGUCCCAACCAGAGGAGCCCAUGUCACCCAAACCAUCACCUACUUUUAUGGAACUGGAACCAAAGCCCACCACUUCUAGUAUUAAAGAAAAAGUCAAAGCGUUUCAAAUGAAAACCAGUAGCGAAGAAGACGACCACAGCCACGUUCUGGGCAAAGGCAUGCGUGUUAAAGAAGAGACUCACAUAACCACAACCACCAGAAUGGUUUAUCAUUCUCCACCAGGCAGUGAAGGCGCCUCUGAGAGAAUUGAAGAAACCAUGUCAGUCCACGACAUCAUGAAGGCCUUUCAGUCCGGGCGAGACCCUUCCAAAGAGCUGGCAGGUCUGUUUGAACAUAAGUCGGCAGUGUCCCCAGACGUUCACAAGUCUGCUGCUGAAACCUCAGCCCAGCACGCAGAGAAGGACAACCAAAUGAAACCCAAACUGGAGCGUAUAAUAGAAGUCCACAUCGAAAAAGGUAACCAAGCUGAGCCCACUGAAGUCAUUAUUAGAGAAACCAAAAAGCAUCCAGAAAAGGAAAUGUAUGUGUAUCAGAAAGACUUAUCCCGGGGAGAUAUUAACCUAAAAGAUUUUCUGCCAGAGAAACACGAUGCUUUUCCUUGUUCAGAGGAACAGGGUCAGCAAGAAGAAGAAGAACUCACUGCUGAAGAGUCGUUGCCUUCUUAUCUGGAGUCCUCCAGAGUAAACACUCCCGUGUCCCAAGAAGAAGACAGUCGCCCUAGUUCUGCUCAACUCCUCUCUGAUGACUCUUAUAAAACACUGAAGCUUUUGAGUCAGCACUCAAUAGAAUACCAUGACGAUGAGUUGUCAGAACUAAGAGGGGAAUCUUACAGGUUUGCUGAGAAAAUGCUUCUGUCAGAAAAGCUAGAUGUGUCUCAUUCUGAUACCGAGGAAUCAGUUACAGAGCAUGCAGGACCCCCUAGCUCAGAGUUACAGGGGUCUGAUAAGCGGGCCAGAGAAAAAGUAGUCACUGCCCCCAAAAAAGAAAUUCUCUCCAAAAUCUAUAAAGAUGUGUCUGAAAAUGGUGUAGGUAAAGUGUCUAAGGAUGAGCAUUUUGAUAAAGUGACAGUGUUGCACUAUUCUGGCGAUGUUAGUAGUCCAAAACAUGCCAUGUGGAUGCGCUUUACUGAGGACAGAUUAGACAGAGGUAGAGAGAAGUUGAUAUACGAAGAUAGGGUGGACAGGACCGUGAAGGAAGCUGAAGAAAAACUGACUGAAGUGUCACAGUUUUUUCGUGACAAAACCGAAAAGCUCAAUGAUGAACUGCAGUCCCCAGAGAAAAAGCCACACCCUAGGAAUGGCAAAGAAUACUCAUCUCAAAGCUCUACUGGUGGCAGCCCUGAGAAAGCACUGCUGACGGAAGUGCUGGCACACAGUGACGAGUGGGUCAAGGAGAGGCAGCGCAGCUGUGACAGACAAGGCCUCCCCAGAGCCGACGAGAAGGACGCGGUCAGUCUGCCCAGCAGCCCGGAGGUGGUCCCUUCCCAACAGACUGAGGAUAGCAAGUCCACAGAGGAAGCCAAAGAAAGUCGUUCACAGAGCAAAGAAUCAGAAGGGCCCCAGUCUGGGUUUCAGCUCAAACAAUCUAAACUCAGUUCCAUUAGAUUAAAAUUUGAACAAGGCGCGCAGGCCAAGAGUAAGGACGUUUCUCAAGAAGACAGAAAGCCAGAUGGCCAAUCCAGAAUCCCAGUUAAAAAAAUCCAGGAGAGCAAGCUACCUGUCUCCCAAGUGUUCACUAGAGACAAACAGCAGAAGGCCAUAGACCCUUUGGAUGAAAGUGUCCCUGUGCAAAAAGAUCUUACGGUAUUCAAAGCUAAAGAUGAGCAUGCCCGGAGCAAUGAAAUGGUUGUAAAUGAUUUUGGCUCUGAUGAUGUGAAAAAACAGAGAACUGAAAUGUCAAGUAAAGCAAUGCCUGACCAUUUUUCUGAGCAACAGCCUAAAGACUUGGCAUGUCACGUAACCGCAGAAUUAGCAACCAAGGGACCAUGGGACAAAAAGAUCUUUAGAACGUGGGAAAGUUCUGGAGCCACUAACAAUAAGUCGCAGAAAGAGAAACUUUCGCAUGUACUUGUUCAUGAUGUAAGAGAGAAUCACGUUGGUCACCCUGAGAGUAAAACUGUUGAUCCAAGGGAGGAAUUUUUGUCUGUGACUGAGAGAGAACACAAGUUGUUAACAAACGGCUCUCUCUCAGAAAUUAAGGAAAUGACUGUAAUAUCUCCCUCCAAAAAAGUCUUAUAUAGGGAAUACGGUGUUAAAGACGGGGAACAUCCAGGUGGAUCUCUUGACCAACCUUCCAGGAGAAGUGAGGGCUCGGCAGUGUCGCACAUCCCAGUCAGGGCUGCGGAGGAAAGGAGGACGCCGUCUUCUGAUAUUCCCGAUGGUUUUUGCAAGCAGUCGACAUUUCCAAAACACGAACUAUCACAAAAAUUAUCCCAGACAAGUAUGAGUAAAGAGACAGUUGAGACGCAGCACUUUAAUUCCAUAGAAGAUGAAAAAGUUACCUAUUCAGAAGUCAGCAAAGUUUCCAAACAUCAGAGUUACGUAGGCUUAUGCCCGCCUCCCGAUGAAACCGAGGUCUCCCCGACCAAGUCUCCUGAUUCUCUAGAGUUUAGCCCAGGAAAGGAAUCGCCCUCUAGUGAUGUAUUCGACCACAGUCCCAUUGAUGGAUUGGAAAAAGUUGUACCACUGGCCCAGACGGAGGGAGGGAAAGAGAUAAAAACUUUACCUGUUUAUGUCAGUUUUGUCCAGGUGGGGAAGCAGUAUGAGAAGGAGAUACAACAAGGAGGUGUAAAAAAAAUCAUAAGUCAGGAAUGUAAGACGGUACAAGAGACCAGGGGGACCUUUUAUACAACUAGACAGCAAAAGCAACCCCCUUCUCCCCAGGCUAGUCCAGAAGAUGAUACUCUAGAGCAAGUGUCCUUUCUAGACAGCUCUGGGAAAAGCCCUUUAACCCCAGAGACGCCCAGUUCAGAGGAAGUGAGUUAUGAAUUUACAUCUAAGACACCAGACUCGCUUAUAGCUUAUAUACCAGGCAAACCCAGCCCAAUUCCCGAGGUUUCGGAGGAAUCCGAGGAGGAGGAGCAGGCCAGGUCAGCCUCCUUAAAGCAGACUGCAGUGGAGGAGACGGCAGCAGUGGAGCCCCAAACGCCUAACCACGUGAGCAAAGACUCUAACCAAAGACUCAGAACUCACAGAGUUGCCUACAUUGAAUUUCCCCCUCCUCCACCGCUGGACGCGGACCAGAUGGAGUCCGAUAAGGAACUUCCUUAUCUCCCUGAAAGAGAGGUUGACAUGAUUGAAGUCAGUCUGCAAGACGAGCAUGACAAGUACCGGCUGGCGGAACCGGUCAUCAGGGUGCAGCCACCUUCCCCGGUUCCCCCUGGGGCGGACAUCAGCGACUCCAGCGAUGAUGAAUCCCUUUAUCAACCAGCCCCGGUCAAAAAAUACACCUUCAAGUUAACGGAGGUCGACGACGAACAAAAAGAAGUGACAAAAUCCAAAGCCUCUGCUGAAAAGGCUUCCACCCAGCAAGAAUCAGAAAUGAACGGAUCUGGAAAAGAUACUGAAUUUGGCCUUGGCCUUGAUUCACCUCAGAAUGAAACGGCCCAGAAUGGAAACAAUGACCAGUCCAUCACAGAGUGUUCCAUUGCCACCACGGCAGAGUUUUCUCACGAUACAGAUGCCACAGAGAUCGACUCCCUGGACGGCUACGACCUGCAAGACGAAGAUGACGGCUUGACAGAGAGCGAUGCUAAAUUCCCAAGUCAAACCCUGGAGCUGAAGAAAGAUGUCUGGAACACGGAGGGCAUUCUGAAGCCAGCUGAUCGCUCCUUUAGCCAAAGCAAGUUGGAAGUUAUCGAGGAGGAGGAGGGAAGGGUGGGGCCAGAUGAAGAGAAGCCAUCUUCUAAAAGCUCUUCAUCUGAAAAGACUCCCGCUAAGACUGAUCAGAAGUCGGGGGCCCAGUUUUUCACACUAGAAGGCAGACAUCCUGACAGAUCAGUGUUUCCUGAUACUUACUUCAGUUACAAAGUAGAUGAAGAAUUUGCCACUCCUUUUAAGACAGUAGCUACCAAAGGUCUAGAUUUUGACCCCUGGUCUAAUAACCGAGGGGAUGAUGACGUUUAUGACAGUAGAUCACGGGAAGAUGAAACUAAGCCAUUUGGUCUGGCCGCGGAAGACCGCUCUCCAGCCACCACCCCUGAUACAACGCCAGCCCGAACGCCAACUGACGAAAGUACCCCUACUAGUGAGCCUAACCCCUUCCCAUUUCAUGAAGGAAAAAUGUUUGAGAUGACUCGCAGUGGUGCAAUUGACAUGAGCAAGAGGGAUUUUGUUGAAGAGAGGCUCCAAUUUUUCCAGAUUGGUCCACAGAGUCCAUGUGAACGGACAGAUAUCAGGAUGGCAAUAGUAGCCGAUCACCUGGGACUUAGUUGGACAGAACUGGCAAGGGAACUGAAUUUUUCAGUGGAUGAAAUCAAUCAAAUACGUGUGGAAAAUCCAAAUUCUUUAAUUUCUCAAAGCUUCAUGUUAUUAAAAAAAUGGGUUACCAGAGAUGGAAAAAAUGCUACAACUGAUGCCUUAACUGCGGUCUUGACAAAAAUUAAUCGAAUAGAUAUAGUGACUCUGCUAGAAGGACCAAUAUUUGAUUAUGGAAAUAUUUCAGGCACCAGAAGCUUUGCAGAUGAGAACAAUGUUUUCCAUGACCCUGUGGAUGGUUAUCCUUCCCUUCAAGUGGAACUGGAAACUCCCACAGGGUUGCACUACACACCACCCACCCCUUUCCAGCAAGAUGAUUAUUUUAGUGAUCUCUCUAGCAUAGAAUCUCCCCUUAGAACCCCCAGUAGACUGAGUGAUGGGGUAGUGCCUUCCCAGGGAAACGUAGAGCAUUCAGGAGAUGGACCUCCAGUCGUAACUGCAGAAGACACGUCCUUGGAAGAGAGCAGACUUGAAGACUCAAUGCCUUUGACAGAAAUACCUGAAGCAGUGGAUGUCCAUGAGAGCCAGUUGGAGAAUGUAUGUCUGAGUGAGUAUCCUCAAUACCUCGGAAGGAUGGCUGGGGUCCCAAAAGAUGUUAAACCAGCAGAGCCAUUGGAACAGACUAGAAAAGUAGGAGUGAGCUCUGAGCAGCAAGAGAAAGGAAAAUCUGGUCCUGAUGAGGAGAUGACGGAAGAAAAACUCAAAUCUCUAUUUGAGGAUAUUCAACUUGAAGAAGGAGUAGAGUCUGAGGAGAUGACAGAAGAAAAAGUACAGGCUAUUCUUAAACGUGUUCAGCCAGCAGAACUGGAAAUGUCUUCAAUUACAGGUUGGCUGAAUGAGACAUCAAGUGGAAACCUCGAGUCCCCUGCUCAAGCUCGAAGAAUAACUGGUGGGUUACUAGAUCGACUGGAUGACAGCCCUGACCAGUGUAGAGAUUCCAUUACCUCGUAUCUCAAAGGGGAACCUGGAAAAUUUGAAGCAAAUGGAAGCCAUGCAGAAGUCACUCCAGAAGCAAAGACAAAAUCUUACUUUUCAGAAUCCCAAAAUGAUAUAGGGAAACAGAGUGCAAAGGAAACUCUGAAACCAAAAAUACAAGGUUCUGGUCGUGUUGAUGAACCAGCAUCGUCACUAGUGGCAUAUCAGAAAGCUCUAGAAGAAACCAGCAAGUUUGUCAUAGAAGAGCCUAAACCCUGUGUGCCUGUCAGUAUGAAAAAGAUGAGUAGGACUACUCCUGCAGAUGGCAAGCCAAGGCUUAACCUCCAUGAAGAAGAGGGAUCCAAUGGGUCUGAGCAAAAGCAGGGAGAAGGUUAUAAGAUGAAGACGAAGAAAGAAAUCCGGCAUGUGGAAAAGAAGAGUCACUCAUAACAGUAAAUGGUCAGUCGAGGUGGAUCAUAUUGUUUUUAUUGCCAGUAUUGAGAAAUUCAUGGAAGAUAAGUCAGCAGGAAGUAAAAAUUUACGGAGAAGGGUGUGUGUGUUUGCUGCUUCCACACAUUAAUGGCAUGAUUUUUUUUUAUGCAAAAAGAAAAAAACGGAAAAGAAAACCACCCACAUUUUAAUUUAGCAUGAGCCAAUUUACAGAGCAUGAAAAUUCACUUUCAUUCCCAGGAUUGGCACGUGUGCAAUUAGCAAUGCAGUGUAUAUAUGAGAAGCCAUGCUGUUAACAGUUUAUCUCAAGUAAUUUGGUGUCAUUUACAAAAGGAAGAAAUUCCUGCCGCCAGAAGAGACAGAAGGAGAUGGAAUGAUCAAAUCAUGGAGAAACACUAAAAUUACUAAAUCCACAACAGCUCGCCUUAUUUUUCUUGGACCCAAACUGUCAGGGUAUAAACACUAUUUGUUUCUUUUUUAAAACAUCUAUAGUUUUGCUGUAAAUAAUAACACUGUAUAAAUUCUAACAGAAAAAUGGAAUAAAUGUCAAUAAGGCACUGCCUCUUAGAACACAAAGAGAAUAUUGCAGAUGCAUUUAACAUAACGGGGGUCUCAAGUGACUUCACCCCAAAAGGAGGAGGAGGGGUGAUGGGUAGGAGUAUCUUCACCGAUUCUUGUAUAUUAGCAAUUAUAAUGUUUGUAUACGCAAAACUGCUAGCUUGAUUUUAAAAAAACAAAUCUUUAAAAUCUGCUGCAAAUUUAAAUAAUUCCCCAAAUGAGGAAUUCUGUAGUUCUGUGAAAAAAAUUUUUCUUCAGAAUACUAAUAUUUUGAUGCAUGUGUAUCACCUUAUUUUGAUUAAAUCUUUUCCAAUUUUGCAAACACUACAGUAUACUGCAACACAGAAGAUUUUAUCUGUAAACACAAAGCCCUUCAUCUAAUAUUUGUUGCUAUUGCCAAUUUUUCAAUGAAAUGACCUAAAAAUGAAAAAAAAAAAUAACCUAUACGGUAGUUGCUUUAGGGGGAGGGGGGUGCUGGUAGUGCUUAAAAGGGUAAUGCUUGCCGCUUUAGAGGUGGACGGUGCUCAUAAGAGGCCCCUGUCAGGGGUAUUUUCAGUGGACUGCACAGAAAUUCUUAGCUAGUAGAAUGGCAGCACGCUGUAAACUUAUUCCUGUAUCGUGUACUGGCUGUAAGAUGUAGACACCUUUCAGUAAGCCAAUCAUUUGUAACCAUUCUAGCCAUGUCAUAUUAGGUUAAUAAGGCUGCUGUGUUUAAAGGGCAUUUUUAUUUGGGUUUUGGUGAAAUUCUUUAAUUUGUUGAUUAUAUUCAUAUAAAAUCAGCAUUUAUUGACACAUAGCUCUAAUGACAUAUGUAGGAGAAACCAUACACUGGAUGACCUAGUCGAUUAUUUAAGCAUAAAAUAAAUUGUGUUAAACUCUUCACCUAUCUGUGCUCUACAGUGUCCUUGUGUUCUCUGGCAAAAAGGUAAUUGUCUUAACCCCUUGUCACUUGGCCGCAGCCGUCCUCCUCACCAGCCCGUUUCGAGCCUCUGCCUCUGUGGUCGCUAAAGAGAUAAUCCGCAACAUUCAGCCCUGCCCUGCCGACUCCCAACUCAACACAAAUUCUGUGCAUUUCACUGAGAAGCCAAAAAUUACCGAUUGACUGACAAGUGAUCUUUGCCCACAGCUGGUAUGAGCUGCCCCCCAAAACGUGGAGAACUGGGGCUGUAACAGCUGGCACGUACAGAAGUUGUAAAAUAGCACUUCCAGGAACCAUGCAGACAGCAGUUGUCUGUAGCCCAUAAAGCAGUCGUUUUUAAAUUGACAUUCACUGUCCGUGCUUGUAAGCUGGGAGAUUUCACAUAGUAACCCAAAUUUCUAUCUUCUCUUGAAAAGCGAGAUUUAGCAACCACAAGUCUCACUGCCAGAAGGCAACAACCUGCUGGGCCACACUGCCCCUGCCCGCUCCAGCCAGGCCUGGGGUCUCCAGGCACCACAGUCCCGUCCCCACUUCUCACACUGUGAGUGCCCUGACUGGCCUGUAGGUGCUGGAGUCUGUGAUCAGACACUAAGUGAUAAACUCAACAAGGCGGAGACCGUGUCUGUUUUAAUUUUUAUUCCAGCCCAGAGCCUGGCAUAUGGUAAUGGUGGUAGGAGCAACUGUCCUCCCCAUUGCUGCAACCGGAAUGCCCGCAGUAUGCCAGACUAUUCUAAGUGUGUUGCGUUGAUUAACUCAGUCCUCCUAACAACUUUAGGAAGUAGAUACUGUCUUUGACAGUAAUAGUCCCUGUAUAAAUAUUCAAUGGGUGCUUAGAGCCAUUCAGCAAUGUCACAGAUUUUCUGUCAUUUAGGAUUAUUGCCAAACGGGACAAGUCGUUCCCAGUCAGGUUUCAGUAUCAAUGCAGAACACAUGUAUAGGGAAUCUACUGUGCAUAAAGAACGGGGCUAGACUGCAUUUGCACGGCAUCCCCAAUAAAAAGAUAUUCAUUUGGCGCCCUUAGCCCUGCAUCAGAAUCAUCUUAUGAUGAGCAAACCAAGACCCCAGGAAGGUUUUUUAAAAUCCAGGUCUCCUAACUUCCCAUCUAAGUGUUAUGAAUUUCUGACUCACAGACCUUGACAGAAAGGUAUUUACCCUGAACUAGAAAUUCAGUGAAGUGUACUUGUUUGGGUAUUAAAUGGUUGUUCUGUUUAUAUACCUGAAAAUUUGACUUCAGGGACACGUGAUGGGCUAAACUUCAGGCCAAGCAAAAGUUCAUAAAUUUACUCAAAAAGAGAAGUAUCCAAAGUAGGAUA